AUGGAGCAGAUCAGUGACUACCUCUGCAGGUAUAAGAACUACAUUUUUAACAGGGCUACAUCUGCUGAGCACAUUGAUUCACUGCAGAGCUUUGACAUACGAGACAGUGACAUAUUCCUCGUCACUUAUCCAAAGUCAGGAACUAUAUGGGCUCAGCAGAUCAUCAUCUCCAUCUGUGAGUUAGGUGGAGGUCUGAAUGAAUAUCCAAACAACUUGGCGCAGAUGCCUUGGCUGGAGUACAAGAAGGAUCGUGAACCCUACUCUCUGCGACCGUCUCCCCGUCUCUUCACCUCUCACCUCACCCCAACUCUCAUGCCUCCAGGACUGAAGGACAAGAAGGCAAAGAUCAUCUAUGUGAUGCGUAAUCCAAAGGACAACAUCAUCUCUUAUUACCACUUCAGCAGUGUCUACUUUAACAUGGAAACUCCGACGAGCUUUGAACAGUUUUUGGAGCAGUACUUGAUGGGCAAUGGUGAGAUACCUCAGCUCCACAAUCUGGAUGAUGAUGAUGAUGAUGAUGAUGAUGAUCAGACCAAAUAG